GGCCUGACGGGAGCUAAAGGGGAGCCGGGACCCAUCGGUGGGCCAGGACUUAAAGGCCAGCCCGGACUCCCAGGGCCGCCGGGUCUCCCUGGUCCUUCGCUGCCAGGACCACCUGGGCUUCCAGGCCAGGUUGGGAUUCCUGGAGAGAUCGGAGCACUGGGACCCAAGUGCCCGACCAGCUGCCCGCCAGGUCCCAAGGGCCCCCAGGGACUGCAGGGACUGAAGGGCCCCAAGGGUGACGUUGGCGUCUCUGGAGAACAAGGCGUCCCAGGCCCCCCGGGACCACAGGGCCUGAGGGGUUAUCCCGGGAUGGUGGGACCCAAGGGCGAGACGGGUCCUGCUGGCUACAAGGGGAUGGUCGGGACCAUCGGAGCGGCCGGGCGGCCGGGCAGGGAAGGCCCCAAGGGACCACCUGGGGACCCUGGUGAGAAGGGAGAUCUGGGUGGCCGCGGCAUCAGGGGCCCCCAAGGAGACAUCGGCCCCAAAGGGGAGAACGGUCUCCCAGGCAUAGAUGGGAAGGACGGCACCCCGGGUAUCCCAGGCGUGAAGGGCAGUGUGGGACAGGCUGGCCCCCCUGGAACGCCGGGACACCGGGGACAAGCUGGUUUACCGGGCCAGCCGGGCAGCAAAGGUGGCCCAGGAGAUAAGGGUGAAGCAGGUGCUCGGGGCCAGCCCGGUGUCACCGGUGCCCCAGGACAGAUCGGUGAACCUGGACCUCGGGGUGAGCAGGGACCACAGGGUGUCCCCGGGAUGAAGGGCGACCGGGGCGAGCGCGGCCUCGUGGGUCCCCCCGGCGAGCAGGGGAAGGCGGGACCCAAGGGCGAGCAGGGUCCGCCGGGGAUCCCAGGACCUCAGGGCUUGCCAGGAGUCAAAGGAGACAAGGGCUCCCCAGGGAAAACCGGCCCCAAAGGCAGUACCGGAGAUCCCGGCGUUCACGGCCUCGCAGGGCUGAAGGGAGAGAAG